ACACUGUUCUUCACAAGGUUCUGGCUAGAAAGUUCAUAAAACUUUUCACGGCUUCCAAGUCUGUAAAAGCACCGCAUCCCAAACCUGCAACAAUGAAGUUCGCCGUCGUUCUUCUUUUCGCCUUCCUCGCGGUUUCCAAUGCCGCUUUUACCGGAAACCUUGUCCAACAGGCCCAGCCUCUCUUGAGACAGGCCCUGUUCAAGGUCCGCCUUGCUAGCCGUGCCGACACCACCGGCACCCUGGUCGAACAGCUCCAGAACCAUGCCAACGAAAUCAUGAACCAGAUCUCCACCGCCAUCGCCACUGGUCAGGCUGUUGCCGAAAGCGUCGUCGAUGACCUCCAGGAGACCCUUGCCACCCUCCAGUCUAUGGGACAGAGCGUCCUCAGCAGCGCCACCGAUGUCAUCUCCAACUUCCUCGGCGGUCUCUGGGGAUCCAUCUUCGGCAAGAGCCGCAGCCUCGCCGGAGUUGUCGACUUCAUCCAGAACUUCGACAUCAACGCCGUCAUUGACCAGAUCAUCGGUCACGCCCAGGACUUGGUCAGCCAGCUCGACCUCCAGUCUCUGCUCCAGAACGCCAUUGCCGCUCUUUUCGGCCGUGGUUUCUUCGGUGACGUCAUUUCCCAGAUCCAGGCUGCCGGUGAACAGGCCUGGAGCCAGAUCACCAACAUCAUCAGCCAGGUGACCACCGUCGCCGGAAGCGCCUUCGAGCAAGUCCAGGCUUUGGCCCAGUCCUUCGUCAGCGAGGCUGCCGUCAACAUCCAGAGCAUGACCAGCCAGGCUGCUGCUGAAUUCCUCAACUUCUUGAAGCCCUACGCCCAGCAGUUGGGUGGCCUCUACGAGCAGGUCCAGGCCCAGCUUUCUGGUCUCCUCAACUAAAUUGGGAAUUCUCACAGUCAAUGAAUGUUUAACAUCAGCGAUCAACGGAAUGUUACCAUCGUUUAGAAAAUAAAAGCACUUUCCACCAAACGAAAUAUGAAUUGGUAGAACAUCCACUCAAACUGCUGCUUUUUUGCUUAGUUGCUUAGUUUCUGUUAGUUGUUAGUAUGCUUGCACAGCUGUCGUUCGAAAGAAAAAAUAAAGCGUCUGACGCUGA